GAAGUGGAAUCUGCCCGCCGCACUUCCGUGACACGCAUCAGCCGGUCGUUCAAGCAGCUCUGUCGCUGACUCGCAGGGGUCGAUGUUCAUUCAUUAGUGCAGCUCUCUCUUAUCUGCUCGGUGUAUGAUUGUGGCUCUGCUGCACAGGCUGAAGGAGCUCCCACGCGCUGUGCACAGGUGGAGUGUGAUGAUGAAGCCGCAGGUCGUGUUUGUUUUGGGAGGGCCAGGCGCGGGGAAAGGGACACAAUGCGCGAGAAUCGUGGCGAACUACAGCUACACUCACCUGUCUGCCGGAGACCUGCUGAGAGAGGAGCGCAGCCGCACCGGCUCACAGUUUGGGCAGCUCAUCGACUCCUACAUCAAAGAGGGCAAGAUAGUUCCUGUUGAAAUCACCAUCAACUUGCUGAAAAAGGCGAUGGAAGAGACCAUGAAAGCCGAUGAAAAGAAGUUCCGCUUUCUUAUCGAUGGUUUCCCACGAAACCAAGACAACCUGCAGGGAUGGAGCACGGUCAUGGACGGGAAGGCAGAUGUCAAGUUUAUGCUUUUCUUUGACUGCAGUAAUGAGGUGUGCAUUGACAGAUGUUUAGAGCGGGGCAAGAGCAGCGGCCGCACUGAUGACAACAGAGAAAGUCUAGAGAAAAGGAUCCAGACGUACCUCCAGUCCACACGGCCCAUUAUAGAGCAGUACGAGAAGCAGGGGAAGGUGUGCACGAUUGAUGCCUCCCGAUCGGUGGAUGAGGUGUUUGCAGAUGUGAAGAACAUUCUGGAUAAAGAAGGCUAAGCAUCAACAGACCAAAAAAAAAAAAAAAACUAAUUCUGGAAAAUUAUGGUGUCUUUGUUGUCGGUGGUGCUAUGCCUUCAUGUAUCGAUAGCUACAUUUUUA